AUGGACAGCAGCGUCGGCGGCGGCAUUAGCAGCAGUAGCAGCGGCGGCGGCAGCGGCAGCAGCGGCGGCGGCGGCAGCGGCAGCAGCGGCGGCGGCGGCAGCGGCGGCGGCAACAGCGGCAGUGGCGGCAGCAGCAGCAGCGGCGGCGAUGGUAGCAGCGGCGGUGGCGGCAUUAGCAGCAGCGCCGGCAGCAGCGCCGGCGGCAGCAGCGGCAGUAGCGGCAGCAGCGGCAGUGGUGGCAGCAGCGGCGGCAGCAGCGGCAGUGGCGGCAGCAGCGGCGGCAGCAGCAGCAGCAGCGGCGGCAGCGGCGGCGGCGGCGGCAGCGGCAACGGCGGAGGCAGCGACAGCGGCGGCGGCAGCAGCAGAGACGGCGGCGGCUACGGCAUCGGCGGCGGCGGCAGCGGCAUCGGCGGCGGAAGCGGUAGUGGUGGCAGCGGCGGCGGCAGCAGCGGCAGAGCUGGCAGGCGCAGCGGAGGCAGCAGCGGCAGCGGCGGCAGAGGCGGCAGCGGCAGCUGUUGCACGGCAGAGGCAGCGGCGGCAGUGGCGGCAGCAGCAGCGGAAGCGGCGGCGGCGGCAGCGGCGGCGGCGGCAGCAGCGGCAUUGGCAGCAGCGGCGGCGGCGGCAGCGGUGGCAGUGGCAGCGGCAGCGUCAACAAAGUCAGCAGCGGCAGCGGAUGGCUUUCACAAGUGGCGUUCCUCGGGCACAUCAGCGGCGGCAGCUGCAGCGGCAGCGGCAGCAGCAGCGGCAGAGGCAGCGGCGGCAAAGGCGGCAGCGGCAUCAGUAGCAGCGGCAUUAGCGGAGGCAGAAGCGGCAGCAGCAGCGGCAGCAGCGGCAGCGGCGGCAGCAGCGGAGGCAGCAGCGGCCGAGGCGGCAGCGACAACGGUUGUAGCGGCGGCAGCGGCAGUAGCAGCGGCGGCAGCAGCGGAGGCCGCAGCGGCGGCGGCGGCAGCAGCGGCAUUGGUGGCAGCGGCAGCAGCAGCGACGGCAGCAGCAGCGUCGGCAUUAGCGGCAGCAGCAGCGGCGACAGCAGCGGUUGCGCGGCGGCGGCAGCGGCGGCGACAGCGGCGGCGACAGCGGCGGCGGCGGAAGCAGCGGCGGCAGCAGCGGCGGCGGCGGCAGUAG